GUCCCGCCCCGCCAUCCCGACACUCCUUGCGCCCCGCCCUUCGCUGGCAGGCCCAGGCUCCGCUCGCGCCGACCUCUUUCCUCUUCCCUCGUCCUGUGGCGUCUUCCUCGCGCGAAGCGAGGCUUUGACUGGCUUUUAUGGGGAAGAAGUCGCGGGCGGCGCCGGCGGGUCGGCGGCCUAUCCUGCAGCUGUCGCCGCCGGGGCCUCGCGGGGGCCGGGAAGAAGCGGUACCGGGCGAUGGGGACUCUGCGUCGGAAGCGGAUGAAUUUGAAGUGACUGAAGAGGCUCCAAGGACAGUCCCAAAUCCACCUCAAGCUAGCAUGCCUCUUGUGCCUGUAGCUGUCAAACCAACAGGUGGCUUAUGUUUACUUGGUGCUUACGAAGACAGCGAUGAAGAAGAUAGUGAGAUGUCUGAGAAACCAGCACAGUCCACAGAUGCAAAUGGCAAUAAUUCAACAGACAUUGACAGUACCCUGGCCAACUUCUUAGCGGAAAUAGAUGCAAUUACAGCACCUUCUCAGCCUGCUGAGGCCACUGUUCCCUCCACUGCUCCACCUCCAACUCCUCCACGCCCAGAACCCAAGGAGUCUGUCACCAGUCAAGUUUUGACAACUGCAAAUGGAACAGACCAGGUGGCCGAGUGGCAGUAUGACACUCAGUGCUCGCUGGCUGGAGUGGGAGUGGAGAUGGGAGACUGGCAGGAAGUUUGGGAUGAGAACACAGGCUGCUAUUAUUACUGGAAUACUCAGACUAAUGAGGUUACUUGGGAACUACCCCAGUACCUUGCAACACAAGUUCAGGGCCUCCAACAUUACCAGCACAGUUCUGUAACAGUGGCUGAAGAAAACUAUCAAGUGGUUGCAGACCUAAGCUCCCAGGGAAAAGGUGGUAUUGGAGGUGCUACAGCUGCUGGCAGUGCUGGACGUAGAACAGCUCUUGUGAAGCGUGAAUUGAAGAAGGAAGUAAAUGAAGGUAUCCAGGCCCUUUCGAGUAACGAGGAAGAGAAAAAGGGAGUGGCUGCAUCACUGCUGGCUCCAUUACUUCCUGAGGUGGUGAAGGAGGAAGAGGAGCGCUGGAGGCGGAAGGUUAUCUGUAAGGAGGAGGUGGAGCCAUUGGUGGAAGAAGAUGUGGCAAGAGAACAAGCAGCAACUGUUGCCGAUCCGCAGCUAUCCGAAGGCAACCGCGAUAUUGGGGAAGACCCUUCUCAGGAGGACUUGUGUAGUGUGGUGCAGUCAGGGGAGAGUGCAGAGGAGGAAGAGGAGCAGGACACUCUUGAGCUGGAGAUGGUAUUAGAAAGGAAAAAGGCAGAGCUACGAGCUUUAGAAGAAGGUGAUGGGAGUGUUUCAGGCUCCAGUCCACUUUCUGAUGGAAGUCAAUCAGACCUUGCACGGCGGUUGCUACCCAAGCAAGGAAAAUGGAAGCUCUUUGGGAUUGCUAGUCCAGAAUCCACCAGCCGAGGGUCUAGCAAGACAGGGCAAGAGAGCCCUGAACCUGGAGAAGCAAUGGUGAAGGAAGAGCCAGAAGUGGCUGAUCAGAACUUGGACAGUGAGCCAGACACGGAAGAAUUGCAAGACAAGGUGAAAACACAAGGGACUUUCAAAGCGGAAGAUGAGGAGCAGGACUUAAAGUUUCAGAUUGGAGAGCUGGCCAACAUGUUGAUAAGCAAGCUGGAGUUCUUGGGCAUCAGUAGACAAUCCAUCUCUAACUUCCACUUGCUACUGUUGCAGACUGAGACCCGUAUUGCAGACUGGCGGGAAGGAGCUCUCCAAGGAAACUACCUCAAACGCAAAUUGCAAGAUGCAGCUGAACAGCUAAAACAGUAUGAAAUAAACGCCGCCCCUAAAGGCUGGUCCUGCCACUGGGACAGGGAUCAUAGGCGAUAUUUCUAUGUUAACGAGCAAUCAGGCGAAUCCCAGUGGGAGUUCCCAGAUGGGGAGGAGGAAGAGGAGGGGCAAAUCCUAGAGAAUAAAGCGGAAGCUCUUCCUAAACAAGCACUGAAGGAGAAAAUGGAGUCUGGUGGGGAAUCAUCUGAUAAUACUAUAGGUUCUCUUCUUAAAGAGCCUCUUUCUAGUCAAGCUGCAGCUACCUCUGUUGUGCCUCUUAGUCCAUUUUGGACUGUGCUUCAGCCCUCUGUCCCUGUACUUCAACCCCCUUUACCCUUGGAAAUGCCACCGCCACCGCCGCCACCACCACAGUCACCCCCUCCUCCACCCCCUCCUCCACCUCCACCACCAGGAGAAGAUGGGGAAAUACAGGAAGUAGAGAUGGAGGAUGAGGGAGAUGAGGAACCACCAGCACCAGGAACAGAGGAAGAUGCUGUUCUGAAACCUCUACUCCGACCAGCAGUUGCCAACAGCCAGGCCAACUCUGAGACCAAUAUAUCUGCACCUCUCUCAGCUAAAUCUCUAAAGAGAAAAGUUUCCGAAAUGAGUGCUGGACUGGUACAGCGAGCAGCAACCAUUGGAAGCUGUCCAGUGCUUUACGGACAGUCAGUCAUAGGUGCAGGCCCUCAGACCCAAGGGGUGAGUUUGCAACAGAGUUAUCUUGGAGUAACGCAACCAGCACUCAUGAACUAUUCUGAGUGUAGUGCCUCUGUUGGACUUUCUGCCAAUAGCACACAGCCAGUUCCUGCCCAAGGAGCCCCAUCUACCACUAGCACUAUAGAACAGGUGCCUCCACCUCCACCUCCUCCACUGUCUCCACCUCCACAUGUUCCCAAAACACUACCUUCAGAGAAGUCAAAGAAGCUUAGGAGGGGUGGCAAGAGAAAAAAAACCAAGACAAAGAUGCCCUCUCUUGUAAAAAAGUGGCAGAGCAUUCAACGAGAAUUGGAUGAGGAAGAAAACUCCAGCUCCAGUGAUGAGGAUCGGGAGGUGGUGUCACAGAAAAGAAUUGAGGAAUGGAAGCAGCAGCAGUUAAUUAGUGGUAUGGCAGAGAGAAAUGCAAAUUUUGAGGCUUUGCCUGAUGACUGGCGAUCUCGACUCAAGAGGCGGAAAGCCACUUCAAGCACAUGAAUCAACUUUUUUUUUAAAACCACACAUGUACAGUUGAGAACCUUUUACUGUUGGAUAAAUGUAACUUUUUGAGGAUACAUAUUUUUCAGUUGAAUGACCUGACAGAGAAAUUGCGUGGACUAGGAAACCUUUUGGAAGUGUAUUUGGCAAAUAGGCUUAUGAAAUAAUGAAUAGGCUUGAUUACUCCUGUCUUAAACUGCACCUAAUCCCAGUUCACACAAAGAUGGAAUACCAUUCUGUCCAUUUCCCUGGUAGAGCUGGUACCAAGAAUUAAUUAAUGCACUUUGUGGAGUUGGAAAUGGAAUUGGCCAUUUUGACUCUUCCUUACUAAGCCCAAAUGUGUUCUUCCAUUUAUCAGAAACAUUUCUACAAGAUAAUUGCCAUUUAGAAUUCAUGUUACAGAACAAGCAAAUUAAAAACGGACAUUCCUUUCACAUCGGAGUUGAACAUAGUGCUGCAUGAUCUGAACCCCUUGUUCCAUUCCUGGUGUUGGUCAACACCUUGUUUUGGGCGGCAUUGUUCUCCAUUACUUCUUGCUUGACUUCAUAGAAAGAAUUCUUGUUUCUGUCCUAAAACCCAUAUAUCAGUCUAGGUGUUUACCCCAGAAUAAUCUCUUCAUACUUUUGGUGCUGUUACAUGCUAAUAGUUCCAUUGUGGUGGCUGUAAUGAGGUGGCACAGAGCACAGUUGGCAGCCUUCUUCACUGAGCACUGACUGGUGGGGGUGGAUCAGAUCCCCAUGCAUACGUUAGUGGACAUCUAGAGGCAGAAGGCAGCUGGCUUGGCUCUUGUGUAGGCACGAGUGAGUCAGGAGCUGUGUGCCUGUGCAAUGCCAAGUCAACAGCUCCCCGUCUCUGAAUGCUCACCAGUGAAGGCAUGGAGAGGAUCUGCUCCCCCUUGCUCACUAUGCAGCACUAUACCCCAUCUCACUGGCUGGUGCUUGGUGAAUGUACGCUAGAAACCCUUAGUGGUGGGGAGUGGGAAACGUAACAUUUCUCAGUUACUCAGUUCUGAGCUCAUCUUGUCAGGUUCCAGCAAAAGUAGGAUCUUGUCUACAUUUAAAGCCAGGUUGGAUAUUUAUCCAACCUGUCAAUGUCUUGAGUCCUCUCCUUUGUUUGCUUUUUAAAAAUCUAAAUCAAGUGGUAAUGAUUGUUUGUAAAUGAAAGAAAAGGCAGUUUACAGUUGAACGUUGUUUGUAUUUCUCCAGUUUCUGGCUUUGUAAAUUUGUACAUAUACAUUAAUAAAAUCACUUUUUAUACUUCAGAA